UCUGCCCUCUUCCCAAACCCGGCCUGUUGGUUGAUUGCAGGAGAAUCAAAUGCGCGGCUUUUAUUGGGUUCCCAGCAGCUUCUGUGGGAAGUGGUCGCUGCGUAGACAGGCUUAUUAAUAUUCAUGGAUCAUAAGGUGAUAAUAUUUCUUCAACGUCAGAAUGAGAAUCAUUUUUGCAGCUGUGUUUCAAGGCAAAUCCAGUAAAGCCUGCGUCAGUUCAGUCGCUCACGGGACUCCAUUAGUCCUAAGUCUGGAAUUAAAUAAAGAUAGAGAUGUGGAAAGAAUACAUGAGAGUGGUAUCAACACACUUGAUAUUGAGCCUGUUGAGGGAAGAUACAUGUUGUCUGGUGAAUCAGAUGGUGUUAUUGUACUUUAUGACCUUGAAAACUUGACCAGAAAACCAAGUUACACCUGUAAAGCACUUUUCUCUGUGGGAAAGAGCCAUCCUGAUGUACAUAAAUUCAGUGUGGAGACAGUCCAGUGGUAUCCUCGUGACACUGGCAUGUUUACAUCCAGCUCAUUUGAUAAAACCUUAAAAAUAUGGGAUACAAACACUUUACAACCUGCAGAUAUAUUUUACUUUGAGGGAACAGUCUAUAGCCAUCACAUGUCUCCAGUUGCUACACAGCAUUGUUUAAUAGCAGUGGGUACCAAAAGCCCCAAAGUACAGCUCUGUGACUUGAAGUCUGGAUCCAGUUCUCACAUACUGCAGGGUCACAGGCAAGAAGUAUUGGCAGUGUCUUGGUCCCCACGUCACGAAUAUGUUUUGGCAACAGGAAGUGCUGAUGGUAGAGUAAAACUGUGGGAUGUGAGGAGAGCUUCUGGGUGUCUGAGUACACUUGAUCAGCACAAUGGGGAAAAGUCCAAGGCGUCUUCUGAGGCAGCAAAUACUGCUCACAAUGGGAGAGUUAAUGGUUUAUGCUAUACCAGUGAUGGACUUCAUCUGUUAACCAUUGGUACAGAUGAUCGGAUGAGACUCUGGAACAGCUCCACUGGAGAAAACACAUUAGUGAACUAUGGGAAAGUCUGUAAUGAAAGUUGGAAAGGACUCAAAUUUGCCAUCUCUUGUGGCUGUAAUCCAGAGUUUGCCUUUGUACCAUAUGGAAGUACCAUUGCUGUUUAUACAAUUUUCACAGGAGAAUUGAUAACUGUGCUUAGAGGGCAUUAUAGUACUGUCAACUGCUGUGUAUUUCAACCUCAUUUUCAGGAACUUUAUAGUGGUAGCAAAGACUGCAAUAUCCUUGCAUGGAUACCAGCUCCACGAGAGCCAGUUCUUGAUGAUAUUUCUGAAAAGUCUCUGCCUCAACAACAUUUAAAUCCAGCAUACGAAGAUGCAUGGAGCAGCAGUGACGAUGAAGGCUGAAUUUAAAUUAUGUGCUGAUAUAAAAUCGACAUUCAGGCACUGCAUUCACAGACUUUAUCUACAGAAUUGGAUAUUGUUGGAUUUAUCACGACUGGAUUUUUGGUACAGUUCUGUUAGAGCAAGGUCUUCAGAAAUAAAUUUCCACUGUUCUCUGUGGUUUUUUGUUACUGUUAGAGUUAAAUCUAAAGGAUUACUUUUUCAUACUGACUUUUGUACUUACCUUUACACAUUGGUAUACUUUAUUCAGUGUUUAACAACUGAUAAAGAAAAAAUAAAAGCCCUCCAGACCAGUCAAUAUUA